AUGUCUGGUUUUCAAAUCCCCGGCCUCGGCCAGGCCAAACCCAACGAGACUCUUCCGCCGAUGCCCGUCGAUGUCCUUGCUGCUGCCGCAAGCGUUCAAGAUACCGACAUCACGGACGCUGCUCCCAACAACUCCAAAGACCAGCCUUCAGCACCUGCUGCUACCAAGGCCAAGCCCUCUCAAACUGAGCCCACACCAGUCGCAGACUCAGAUGCCAUGGCAGUUGAUCAACCCGAAAGCCCUCCUUCUCUCACAAGUGCCCUCGAGGCCGCCAUCGGCGGUCUAAACCCAACUCCAGCUGCACAACUAGCUCCUACAGAGAACACCUCCGAGACCGUACCACUUCAGAACGACCAGGGCGAUAACCCCGAAUGGGAAGUCGACUCUUCUCCGUACGAAUCAUCCUCAGAAUCAAGCAGCUCUGAUUCCUCCGACGAGGACUCCGACGACAACGAAGGUUACGAACUUUUGGGCGUUGAAGAGACCGCACGCUUGCUCAUGCAGGCUGAGGGAGGAUCCGAUGAUGAGGGCGAUCGAGGAGCUUCUGGUACAAGAACCACCCAGGUCCGGACAAAGAAUGAGAUUCCCGAAGAAGUAAUUCCCAAGCCUGAUGUUAUAAUUACACCUGAGAUGAAGGUCGAAGAGCUGGGAGCUAUCGAGCACAUUGUGGAGAACAUGAUGUUGAUCAAGGCAUUCACGCCUGGCGAGUACCAGGUUCUCGAUUCCGGAUCCGUGCUCUGCACAGCUGAGCGAGUAGUCAUCGGUGCGAUUGCAGAUACGAUCGGAAAGGUUCUGCAGCCUAUGUAUACCGUGCGCUUCACAUCAGACGAGGACAUCAAAAGUCUGGGACUCGAGGUCGGCCAAACAGUCUACUACCCUACCGACCACGCUGCGUAUGUCUUUACCGAGCCAUUGAAGAACAUGAAGGGCUCAGACGCCAGUAACCUUCACGAUGAGGAAGUCGGCGAUGACGAGAUGGAGUUCUCGGACGAUGAGAAGGAGGCCGAGUAUAAGCGAGCGAUCAAGCAGAAGAAGAAGUAUAAGUGGAAGAAAGACCCCGCCAGGGGAGGCAAGGAGCCUCAUCCUCUGCGACAAGAAUCUCGACCGGACGGAGGCCUCAACUACGACGACGAAGAUGACGGUCCCUAUAAGCCCCUCGCACGACCACCCGGUUAUGGUUCCGGCCCCUCUACAACAGAGGCCUACGAGCCUCCAUCAAGCAGAAACUUUCACCAGCGAGGAGGGCGGCGUGGCGAUUCUCGAGGGCGUGGAGGUCGUGGACGAGGUUCUGGACGUGGUGGAAGAGGAGGCUUCAACCAGCCUAGAGACGGCUACUCGCUACCUCCUCAGGCAUCUCCUCAGCCUGCACAACAAGCUGCUCCUCCAUCCCCAUGGGCCGGCGCUCAAUCUCCAGCUCAAGGCGCAGCACCAGCGAUGCCCAACUUUGGCUUCCAAAUUCCCGGUUGGCCUCAAUCACUUGUUCAGGGCAAUGCCGCGGCUGUUCCACCACCUCCUCCUGGGUGGCCAGCUGCACAAGGUCAACAAAAUGCUGCCAAUGGCGGAUCUUACGUCAACCCGGCAUUCUUCGCUGCAUUGAUGUCUAUGCAAGCGCAGCAGAACGGCCAGUCGCACUGGGGACAGCAGCAGCAGCCUCCUAACAAUGGAAAUGGGCAGGGUCAGUAA